GACAAAUAAGUGCGUCAGUCAGUGUGUCUCAAAAAGUUGAUUAUUUACUAUUAAAUCUGGAAUAAAUACUUGUAAUAUUUUCAAUGCAAAAUAAUAGGGUUGAUAUAUUUUUUCAUAUAUUUUCUGAAAUGGGAAUCGUGAAACAAUAAUAUGAAGAGAUUAUUAAUGUCUCUAAAACUCUAUAAGGAAAAUGUCAGUUAUAGCAGCGACUGACUCUUCUGCCCAAACUACCGAAGAACUAAAAAAACCAAAAAAAAAAUCAGCAUAUCGCAUGGCGGACGAAUCAGCGGUGGACUGCUUGUUCGACCGGCUCCGGCUGCAUCAGCAGCGCGCGCCGGACUCCGUGGAGGUGGCGCGGGCUAUCACCGCUCGCAUCAACGCCAGGCUCACCUCACACGAUAAACAUGUCCGUCAAAGUACACUCGACAAGCUAUGGAACAAGCAAUCAGGAGCCAUACAGAUGCUGCUCUCUAUAUUGGAAAAUUCAAGAGACACUGCAACAUCAACCUAUAUAACAUCAAUAUUAAGGGAAGCUCUAUGUUUAAAACAAAGUAAAGGAAAAAAAACAUCAGUCCCUAUUGAAGCGUCGACAAACAAGAAGAAGGAAAACAAAAAAGGAAAAGAAAAUAUAGCUCCUCUUGUAAAAAAGGCAAACAACAUGGCAAGGCAGUUAUGUGCGCAACACUUCAUAGCACUAAAUGGGAGUCAGACGAUAAUCCGCGUUUUGGUCGCGACGCAUAGUAAACGCGACGGGAACGUUAGCACCGAGCUGAUCGUGCAAGACCUCGUCUGGAUUCUUGCUGCGCUCGCGCCUAGAGAUCCAAAAUUUGCUGUAAAAAUAAGGAUGCUUGGAUGUGUACGGACGAUGCAUCUUAUUCUAAAGGGACAUUUUACUGACAACAAACUUAUAUUUCCCCUAUUAGUUAUCGUGAAACAACUUGCAAAGAAUGUUGUCACCACAUCUAUUUUAAUUCGAGACGGUGUAAUAGCAACAUACGAGCGAGUGCUAGCAAGCUUGGGUUUCAUUCCUACAGCCAGACUCCGCCUGUGCCUUGACGCUAUCGAUUACUUCAGCAAAAAUAAGGUGUGCUGCAUGCAGAUCGUGAAGACAGGGCUGUGUAACGUGCUCCUCAGGGUAUUCGACCGCUGGGACCGCUACGAGGGCCGCAUGAGGCUCAAGAUCUGCGCCCACAUACUACAGACUCUGCAGCAUCUUUGUAAUAUCAAGGCCGGCCGUAGAUCUCUAUGCACGAAAAAGCACGUGCAAACGCUGCACCGAUUCUGCUCCCAAUGCCCAGACGAGCCGGAGUUUGACGGAUUGCUAGCGCGAGUUUGCUCAGUUAUCACGCUGUGCCUCAAACACCAGGCACUCCCAGUUCCGGUGUCCAGCCCUGCCACUUUCAAUCUUGGUCCCAUUCUGAAAGGUACGAACGCAUCAUGGCCUUGUCAUGAAGAUGAAGAAGAGGCCGCUAAUUCAGAUUCAAAGACUGUCAACUCUGACCUCGAUGACGAUGAUGAUGGCCCAGAUACGGACGUAGAAGUCGACGAGUUUCCUGAUAUUGAAUUUGAUGAAAACGAAAUGAAACCUGACAUAAAUGAUGAUGAAAAUAAACUUCAAAUUAAAAGUGGUGAUAGUUUACAAAGCUCACUUUGGAUUAAUCCUAAUGAGAGAGAAAUAGAAGACUUAAAAAAAUAUUUCAUUUACUUCAAAGAGUUUGGCUCCUACAACAAGCAGAUAAAAUUAGUUAAAAGUCGAUCUAACUCCCGCGGUUCUAUAUUAGAAGAUUUUCUUGUAUCUCAGCAGCAACAUACGCAGGGGCAGGUGCAAACUGUAAACAGAAUCGGGCCCUCAUACCUCAACCUUUCUCUCACUGCCGUUUUGGGAAACACAGACUAUGAUAAUUUAAUGACUUCACCAACACCAUCUUUUCUACAAGGCCAAAGUUGUUACCCUCAAAAAGUCCACGAAAGCACUUCGACGACAUCGUGUUCCUCUUUAAAGAUUCAUAAAGAUAUUUCAAAAUACAGCUCCUUCGCUAGUAUAUAUUCUACAAUAUCGUCGAGAGUAAAAAGUGUCGUGCCUUUUGUCAAAGUGGCCUAUCCUGACAUGAUGGGUGGUCAAGGCUCCAAUCAGCCGGAACCUUUGAAUAAAAUGGAACGAUCAGCUUGCAGAACAAAACUACUAUCUUGCGUGGACAGAGCGAUAAAUCCAGAAGCGUAUAUGAACGAAAUAGUGUACGAUUUAGACCAAAUUUGCAGUUCAUUGAAUCCAGAAACUGCCAUACAAAGAAGCUCUGAUAAUGUUUUAUCAGUCUUAACAAACACAGAUGAACAAGAAAUUACAAAGCUUAAUAACUUUUCUUCAAGACUGAAUUUUGAAUCCAGAUUCGAAUCAGGAAAUCUCAGAAAAGCUAUUCAGAUAGGUCCAAGAGAGUACGAACUUAUUCUGAUGCCUGAUGUCAACUCCACGAAAAGACACCAAUGGUUUUACUUCGAAGUGCGGAAUAUGCAGGCGGGACGAUCUUACACUUUCAACAUCGUGAACUGUGAAAAAUCUGACAGCCAGUUCAAUUUCGGCAUGAAACCAGUCCUUUAUUCUGUAAGAGAAGCCACCAAUGGAAGAGCAGGGUGGAUUCGAGCCGGUUCGGACAUCUGCUACUACCGUAACAGCUACCACUACGCGAACCAGAAGAACCACAACAAGUGCUACCUCACCGUCACCUUCAAUAUCGAGUUCCCUCACACCAACGACGUCUGCUACAUCGCAUAUCACUUCCCUUAUACCUACUCUAUGAUGAUGGCAAAGAUCUUGCAGUGGAGCUUGCAGAUGCCCGCCGGGGUGUACCUCCGCGCGGAGCCGCUGUGCUACUCACUUAACAGCAAUGAAAUACCUCUGCUCACCAUAUCUUCUGAAGACAAUACGACGAGCCCUAUAGCUGACAGAGAGAUAGUGUUCCUAACGGCACGCGUGCACCCAGGGGAGAGCAACGCAUCCUGGGUGAUGGACGGCACGCUGGGCUUCCUACUCGGCGACACCGCUGCGGCCGCCGCGCUGCGCACAAAGUACGUCUUCAAGAUCGUGCCUAUGCUCAACGUCGAGGGCGUCAUCAACGGCUGCCAUCGCUGCGGUCUAACUAAUGAAGAUUUGAAUCGACGCUGGUGUAAACCGAAUCCCGUUUUACAUCCUUCUAUUUAUCAUACUAAGGGCCUGAUAGAAUAUCUAGUGCGCGUGUGGAAGAAGCCGCCCCUGGUGUACUGCGAUUACCACGGCCACUCGCGCAAGAAAAACGUGUUCUUCUACGGCUGUGCCGCGGCAGAGAGCUGGUGUAGCAACGACCGACUGCUGCAGGACGAGCCUGUCAAGUAUCUGAUGUUGCCAGCUCUGAUGCACCGAAUUUCCCCUGCGUUCGCCCUGGGCUCCUGCUCAUUUCGAGUGGAGAGAGAGAGGGAGAGCACCGCCAGAGUUACAGUGUGGCGACACCUCGGAGUCACCCGGUCCUACACCAUGGAAGCAUCCUUCUGCGGAUUCGAUCGAGGACCUUUCAAGGGAUUCCACUUGAACACCCAACAUCUUCAGAGCGUGGGCAGCGACUUCUGCGAAGCUCUCAACGGCCUCAACGACACUGCCACCAAUGUCGACAUUCAGCUCACUAAGGACCUCAAUGGAAAUAUCGUUGAGAUUAGCUUGAAUGGCGCCGGAGUAAACAGGGAGAUAGCGGUGGACAGCGAGCCGGGCUCCGGGUCCGAUAGCGUUCUCAAGACGGACUCAGAUGAAGACUUCGAUUAGAUCCUUUCGAGAUUUCCUUGGCUUUAAGCCCCAUUCACAUCAAAAUCGCGUAAGCGGGCAGGAGUGUUCGCACAAAUAAAUAAUCGUAAAAGUCUCUCAGUAUGAACGUCGACUACUGCCUCGCUGCCACCUUUUAGAUGUCAAGGAGCUGUUUAGGUUAAGCGCGCACUACAAAAAAUAUCGUGUUCCAAAAGUACUGACAAAAUUUCAUAAAAAUCUGUAAGUUUCUUUUUAAUUUAAAGUUAGUGUUUUUAGAAAUAUAUUUAUUCUAUUUAUUUUCAUAGGGAUUUUUACACGUACAAGGUAUUUAGAACGCCGUCUUAAGUUUAUUUUAUUUUAAGCUGAUCGUGUACAAAAAUUGUCCGUGGAAGGUACGUCUGUGAUUUCAAUAGGUUGUUUGGUUUGUGAUAUACUUUAAAUUAUUAAUUGCUUGUGAUCUCAAUAUGAAUACUUUUGAAAUCAA